AUGUCCUCGAUCUGUGAGCAGAUGAAACAUCUUGGACCUGUUGCACUCCAACAGCUGCUUGACAUGCUAAACUACUGUCUGAGUGAAAGCACAAUGCCAAACUUAUGGAGGAAAUCAAGGGUAGUUGCCUUACUCAAGCCAGGCAAAAAACCAGCCAACGCAAAAAGCUACCGGCCCAUAUCUCUGCUUUGUCACACAUACAAGAUCUUUGAAAGGCUCCUACUCAACCACAUUGCUCCCUUGGUGGCUGAGCUCCUCAUUCCAGAACAGGCAGGAUUUAGGCCAGGAAAGUCCUGUACUAGUCAACUGCUGAAUCUGGUACAGUACAUUGAAGAUGGUGGCUUCGAGGAAGGGUUGAUAACUGGAGCAGCCUUUGUUGACCUUAUUGCAGCUUAUGACACCAUCAUCUCAUAUCAACAGUUUUUGACUAACCCAGAUCAUCUGUAUGAGGCUUUCUUUGAAGUAGCUGCUCCAAGUGAUGAUAACCCUGCACCCCAUAUUGUAGCUACAUUUCCACCCACCUUUCAUGAUGAGGUGGCUGCCAAGGAAUUACCGAGGUUCUGUUUUCCUUGUGAUCUUAGCAGGUACAAUCCUGCGGGUCAACUCUUCACAUUUGUUCUGACUGGGAUAGAUAAUUUACAAAGGUUUGGUUUCUGUAGACAUCCUCCGGGAGCUAAGACAGCAAUAUGCAUCCUCAGUUACUUGCCAUGGUUUGACAUCUUCUAUAAAAUACUCAAUAAGCUUGCUAGUCUGAAGAGUAGCUGUGAACCUGCUGCUACCGCCCUCUUGGACCAACUUCAUAAAGUCAGUGUACCCGGCCCCGGUAAACAACUCAGAAUCACAGUUAGCGAAGGUAGUAACACAUCGGAAAUGCUUCACACUUGCCCAGACGACACACGAAUCUUGCCUAGUAUUCCUGAAAAUAUAAAUAUGACAGAGUAUUUCAGUGCAGUAACUCCAGAAAAUAUGAUCAUCCUAUUUGUUAGUUUAUUACAUGAAAGGAGAGUUCUAAUUACAUCAGAGAAAUUACACAGGUUAACAGCGUGUGUCUAUGGUGCAGUCUCAUUGUUAUACCCCCUCCACUGGCAGCAUAUAUACAUUCCCGUGACUCCAUCACAUCUAAUAGACUACUGCUCAGCUCCAAUGCCAUUCAUCAUAGGUGUACAUUCAUCAUUCAUGGAGAAAGUGAAGCACAUGGCAUUAAAUGAAGUGGUGAUACUCGAUGCUGAUAAUAAUUCAAUAGACACACCUUUCAAUGAUUUACAAGUACUUCCAUCUGAAGCAGUGACGCAGCUGAAACACAACCUGAAGAAUUCAAGUCAAGUGAGCGGCGAUGGUGUUGCUAGGUCCUUUCUCAAGACGUUAGUCUACCUUCUUGGUAGCUAUAGGGAAGCACUUACUUUAGAGAAUGGAGAAAUUGUAUUUGACAGAGAUGCAUUUGUAACCAAUGGUUCCAGACAUGAAUUAGCAUUCAGGAAUACAGUACUUCAGCUCCAACACUUUGCACAGUUUGUUGAGUUUCGAGUAGGUGCCCUGAAUAGGAAUGAAGCCAUAGAUGAUCUCUUUGAGGAAGAACUUGACAGCAGAAUAGCAUCAGGUUCUAAGAUCCAAGAGAAUAUCAGAAGGCGUCUUCUACAAGCUAAAGCUAAGAGCACUGUGCUAUAUGGAAAGAUUAAAGACAAGUCAAGAGAUGCCAAAGAUAGGGUUCUUGGGGAUAAGGACUCCAACAAGAAGGUCACAGUCAAUCCACAAGCAGUCAAGGAUGCUUUCUUACAGACAAAAAGUAUAGCAGGAAAGAGGAUAAACACGAUGAAAGAUAAGCUCAAAUUUAAGGAGACUGAGGAUAUCUUAACAGUACGAAGGGAUCAACCUGAAAUAUCUCGUCCUAUCACUGCUACUAGGAGUACACCGUCAUCACCAUCUUCCAGUCCUGUACUAUCAAGAAGAAAACCUACAUCAGCAUCCGCUCAGCCUAAGGACAGAAUCGGGGACAAGUUGCGCGGUACGAGACACUAUGAUGUCCUGGAAGUGGACGGUAGUGAAGAGAUGACCCUUGAACAGUUCUUAAGAGACGAUGCCUCCCUGCCUGCCCGAUAUAGCAGCAUGGAUCUUAUGCCCUCGGUGCAACCUAUCCUCAACAAAUUCAAUGCAUCGUCAACGCAGAAGCAAUCACCAGAAGAUGACAAAGUUGGAGAGGUAUAG